AAUUCGCUACAGGUUUUCAGUUUCCCAACGCAGUUCAACAAACAGACACACGUUUAAAAAAAAAAAUAGAAACAAAAAACCGACAGCAUGAAGCAAUUUCUCAUAUUGGUCGUUUGCGCAUUGGGCGCCAGUCGCGCGGAUGUGUCGCACCUGCAGCUGGCCACCACACCAGAGCCACAUGCGCCAGCUAAUCCGUAUGUGUUCAGCUACCAGGCGGGACGUGCGCCUGGUCAUGUAGAUCGCCAGCAUACAGAGGUGUCCGAUGGUUCGGGCGUUAUACGCGGCGCCUUCUCCUAUGUGGAUCCCAAGAAUCAGGUGCGCACCGUUCAGUACGUGGCCGAUGAGAAUGGCUUCCAUCCGCAGCUGAGUCAUCAGCUGGAGGACAGCGAAGCCGUCAAGGCGGCCAAGCGCAAGCACUUUGCUGCCUAUAAUCGCAUUGCGCAAGAGCACGCCAGCCACACACCAGGCCAAGCGUCGCUCGCAGCUGCUCCCCAUGGCAGCGCUGCCGUCAAUUAUGCAACCCAAAAACAUUUGAGCGCAUAUGAGCGUAUUGCAGCGGAGCAUGCUGCUAUUGGGGCCCAGCAGGAGGCGCAACGUUUGGCACUGGCCGCUCAGUCGGAGCACGGCGACAUUGACAAUGGACAAUAUCAUCCAUAAGUUGCUAAGUUCUAAAAGUGUGUUCAAUAAACAAUUGAUUUGAAAAUA